GUCAAACCCGGAAGCAGACUGUCUGGUUCUGUUAGCAGAGUUAGCUUUGUUGUGUCUUCUUAUCUGAGUGUUUGUGUCUCUGCAGCAACAAUGUCUUCAUCUCAGUCUCUGAGAGAGUUUAUCAGGGAGCGACUGACCGCUGCUGCUGAAGAAAUAUUCACAGAGUUUGAUAAAACCAUCGUCCACUACGAGGAAGAGCUGGACCGUCAGCGCAGACUGCUGGAAAUCUGCUACAAACCCCAGAUAAACCUGCAGAGAAUAGUUCUCCCACAGCAUUAUAUUUGGAAGGAGGAGGAGGUUCCCACUGAACAUCACAUCUGCAGCCAAGAGAGUAACUCCAGUUUGGACCAAGAAGAGCCACAAUCUUUUUUCACAGAGGAGGAACUGAAGAAACCCAAAUCUCAACAGAUAAAAGAGAACAGGGCUAAACUAGAACCACCAGAAAUAAAGGAGGAAACACAGCAUCCAGCAAUAAAGAACGAAGAGGAGCAACUCUAUAUUAGUCUGGAGAAAGAGCAGCUGGGACAGCAGCAGUCAUCUGAUUCCUUUACAGUAGUUGUUUACAAGGAAACAGACCACAGCGAACCAGAAUCAUACAAGGACCAACUCAUCGCUCAGAUUUUCUCUGAGUCUGAGAAACAAAAACAGGAAAGGAGCAACCUUGAAGAUUCAGAAUCAAGUCCAGAUGAAGAAAAUAAGAGUGUUCAGCCAAUGAGAGGUGAUGUUGAGGAUGUGGUCAACACAGAAGUGGGAAGACGGGAGACAGUGCACACAAAUGACAGUAUUUCAGCUUGUAAAAUUUGUGGUAAAAGUUUUGCUAAGAAGCUUUUGAGUGAUCACAUGAGAAUUCACACUGGUGAGAAACCUUUCUCAUGUCUGACUUGUGGAAAAAGUUUUACAAAGCAGGCAAUCUUAAAGCUUCACAUAAGAUCUCACACAGGUGAGAAGCCUUUCUCAUGUUUGACAUGUGGAAAAAAUUUCAGUAAUAGAGCGAGAUUAUACCGGCACACAAGAACCCAUAGAGAUGAAAACCCUUUUUUCUGUAUGACUUGUGGAAAAUGUUUUAAUCGCAAAAGUAAUUUUGCUACUCACACGAAAACUCACACAGGUGAGAAACAUUUCUCGUGUUCGGUGUGUGGAAAAACUUUCACCGUAAAAAGAAAUUUAUCUCGGCACAUAAGAACUCAUACAGGUGAAAGGCCUUUUUCAUGUAUGACUUGUGGAAAAUGUUUUAAUCGCAAAAGUAAUUUUGCUGCUCACACGAAAACUCACACAGGUGAGAAACAUUUCUUGUGUUCGGUGUGUGGAAAAACUUUUACCGUAAAAGGAAAUUUAUCUCGGCACAUACGAACUCAUACAGGUGAAAGGCCUUUUUCAUGUAUGACUUGUGGAAAAAGUUUUAUUCAAGAAAGUAGUUUUACUGAUCACAUUAAAACUCACACGGGUGAGAAACCUUUCUCAUGUCUGACAUGUGGAAAAAAAUUCCAUAUAAAGGCAAGUUUAUCUCGGCACCAAAAAAUCCACACAGGCGAGAAGCCUUUUCCUGUAUGACUUGUGGAAAACGUUUUAAUGGGGCAUUCUUCAAAUUAUGUCACAUUUGCCCGGAAACAUUCCGGUUUUCCAGCUGGUCGGACAAGCAGAGGGCAGAGGAAAUGUAGAGACCACAUUCAGGUGUCUGCUCAGAUUCCACAGUAAAGUCCUCUCUGUUACAAGCUCGUAUACAACACUGACAUUUCUGGGCAAUCCUUCGAGGUUUUGAAAAAUCCAUGGGGAAAAACUCCCAUCAUCACAUUACGAGUCACUCC